UCAAAUAGUGGAGAGGAAUAGGGGAAAAAUGAAAAGCUCGAGAGGGAAAAAAAGAGACAGAACUUGCAGCCUGGUCUUUAAGGAUCAUAGAUUCCGUUCAGGGGAGAGGCAGCCAUCGGCAGAGCCCCCGUCACUCCUGAUCUGCAUAGGGGAUCGGGACAUCUCACUCUUCGGGUCAGCCAGGCGGGAGCGGAGAGGCUAGAGAAGCUAUUAGCCAAAGACGCGGCUCUCGGAGGGAGGAUUAAGUUUCUGCGGGGGUGAAUGCCAUUCAAAAGAGCGCCACGGCGAAAUAAAGCAUGAUCCAGGCACUGGCUCGUGCAGGACACACGGAGUGAUCCUCACAUUCCUCCACGGGCUGGAAAACCUGCGGAUCGUGGGGGUGCAGGGGACGGAAGAAAAGAAUCGACUUUUGCCCAGACUUUCACACUUUGGGACGAAGGGGCGGGGCCAGGACCUGCCGAGCGAUGUCUACAAAGCGUCCUUCAAGAAGAAUUCAACUUUCUCCACCUUCCUAGCACCUCAACUGGCUUUGCCGGUCAUAACCGGUGGAAAAGGAAAGGGGGGGAACCCUUUAAAAGCCCCCAUCCCAGCCACCAGCCAGCACGGGCUCAGGGAAACUUCGGAAGCCAGAAAGAUCUGCCAGGUUGGCUGGGGGAAGGGAGAGAAAGGGGGAGGGGAGACCAGCCAGGCUGAACUGCAAACCACCAAGCUGGGUGCGUGUGUUGUAGCUAUUCCUCGCUUGUCACCCAUCCCCCCCGCCCUGCAGGCUAGUGGGGCUGAGGUGAUUCCGUGCACCUGGGCAAUUUCAGGCUGGGGACCCGAUCUCAGCAGCUGGGGGAGCUAUUGGCAGCUGCUGUUUAACAAGCCCUUCCUGGAUUGACUGAAUUACAACGACACCCCUCCCCGAAAGAGCUGGAGAAGAGCCACCUAUUUUUCCCCAUUCCACCCAGCUGGGUCUCAGCCUUCCCCCCUCCCCCCCCCCACGUUCCUGCCUGGGGCUUCAGCCAGCGCCUCCUUAUCGGAGGGGACUCUCUAGUGGGCCCCAGUUGGCAGGCAGUUUGGGAAGCCUGGGAGUUCAGGCAGCGCUUGGCGUUUCUUUGGGACCAAAUGUCCCUCCCCCCGCGAAAGGAUCGGGGAUGAGAGAGGGAGAAACAGCAGGAGUUUGCCUGGAUUCUGCUCCCCACUGGAUCCGCGUCUGCUGGGCUCCGGUUUGAUUGUGUGUGUGUGUCAGUGUGAGCUUGUGUUUAUUUCCCUGGCGCUCCGAAGGAGCCUGGGAGAGCAGAGGGACCCUGGUUUGUUUUUCUCCCUUCCUUCCUCCGUUUAUUUUUAACUAUUCGGGGUAUUUUUUCCCUUCGUCCAAGUUGACUGUGUGGAGCUCGGAGACUCCCAGGCGGCGCUGGCUGACUUCGCUAGCCGGGCUGAGGCUCUCCGUGCCUGGGCAAGGCUCCGCGGGCUCCCGCCCUGCUCAGAGGCGGUGGAAGGGCUGCGGAUGAAGGAGCAUUUCCGUGGGCUUUCGCCGCCGGUUUCGCGGUUCUCCGCCGGAUGCUGCCUGGCUUUGGGGGCUGCUUUUCCUCGCCGGCUAUGAGGGAUCUGCCGUGAAGAUGGAGAUGAUUUGUUUGGUGUUCCUGGCGGUGGUGCCGGCGUACAUCGAGGGAGAAGGGGUUUAUGCUCCACCUCAGGCCCAGAUCAUACAUGCUGGGCAGGCAUGUGUUGUGAAGGAAGAUAACAUCAGUGAACGAGUGUACACUAUCCGGGAGGGCGACACCCUGGUCCUGCAGUGUCUGGUUACAGGCCACCCCCGGCCACAGGUGAGGUGGACCAAAACUGCUGGCAGUGCCUCGGACAAGUUCCAGGAGACGUCGGUGUUUAACGAGACCCUUCGGAUUGAGAAGAUCCAGAGGCUGCAGGGAGGCCGCUAUUACUGUAAAGCAGAGAAUGGGGUUGGGGUCCCUGCCAUCAAGUCCAUUCGAGUAGAUGUGCAGUAUCUAGAUGAGCCCAUUCUCACCGUCCACCAGACCAUCAGCGAUGUCCGGGGCAGUUUCUACCAGGAGAAGACGGUCUUCCUCCGGUGUACAGUCAACUCAAACCCACCUGCUCGCUUCAUCUGGAAACGGGGCACUGAGACACUCUCCCACAGCCAGGAUAAUGGAGUGGACAUCUACGAACCACUGUACACACAGGGUGAAACCAAAGUUCUGAAGCUGAAAAACCUGAGGCCGCAGGAUUAUGCCAGUUACACAUGUCAGGUGUCGGUCCGGAAUGUGUGCGGUAUCCCUGACAAAUCAAUCACUUUCCAGCUCACUAACACAACAGCCCCACCCGCUCUGAAGCUGUCUGUCAAUGAGACCCUGGUGGUGAACCCAGGAGAUAAUGUCACUAUGCAGUGCUCCCUGACAGGCGGUGACCCACUGCCUGAGGUGGUCUGGUCUCACUCACCUAGCCCCAUGCCUCACAACAGCCUCAUUCAAGAGGGCAACCUCACCAUUUGGGGGAUCCGCAUGGAAGAUUCUGGCUACUACAAUUGCACGGCCAUCAAUAAUGUGGGGAACCCAGCCAAGAAGACCGUGAACCUGCUGGUGCGAUCCAUGAAGAAUGCUACCUUCCAGAUCACCCCUGAUGUGAUCAAAGAGAGUGAAAGCAUCCAGCUAGGGCAGGACCUGAAGCUCUCGUGCCAUGUGGAUGCCGUCCCCCAGGAGAAGGUCGUCUACUUCUGGUACAAGAAUGGGAAACCAGCCAGGGUCUCCGACCGACUGCUCAUUUCCAGAAACGACCCUGAGCUCCCACCAGUGACCAGCAGCCUGGAGAUCAUUGACCUGCGCUUCAGCGACUACGGCACAUAUCUGUGUAUUGCAACCUUCCAGGGAGCCCCCAUCCCUGACCUCAGUGUCGAGGUGAACAUCUCUUCAGAAACAGUGCCUCCAACCAUCAGUGUCCCCAAGGGCCAGUCCACCAUCACCGUGCGGGAGGGCUCCAGGGCCGAGCUGCAGUGCGAGGUUCGAGGGAAGCCUAAGCCUCCCAUCAUCUGGUCCCGGGUAGACAAGGAGGCCCCCAUGCCCUCUGGCGCCAUGACAGUGGAGACAUAUGACGGGAAGCUGCGCCUGGAGAGCGUUAGUCGAGAAAUGAGCGGGACCUAUAAGUGUCAAACUGCCAGGUACAAUGGCUUUAACAUCAGACCCCGGGAAGCCCUGGUACAGCUCAACGUACAGUUCCCUCCGGUGGUGGAGCCAACUUCUCAGGAUAUCCGCCAGGGCCUAGGCCGCAGCGUCACCCUGCGGUGCACCAUGCUGAAAGGGAGCCCCCUGAAGGUAGCCACGGCCGUCUGGCGCUUCAAUGGGAACCUCGUGACCCUGCCCCCCAGUGAGCAGCAGGACUACUCGGAGUUGAAGGUGGACAGCGUGACUCGGGAGAGCAGUGGUAGCUACGAGUGCAGCAUCUCCAAUGAUGUGGGGGUCUCCACCUGCCUCUUCCAGGUGUCUGCAAAAGCUUACAACCCAGAGUUUUACUACGAUACUCCCAACCCCACCCAGAGCCAGAAGCAAUCCAAGAACUACUCUUAUGUCUUGCAGUGGACACAGAAGGAACCUGAUGCAGUGGAUCCCAUUCUCAAGUACCAGCUGGAUGUCCGGCAGCUGAACCAGAGGAGCACUGUCCAAACGGUAAUUCCUGUGAAGAAGAUGGAGAAAGGCCUGUUACUGGAGCACACCCUGCACAACCUGAAAGUUCCUCAGAGCUAUGAGGUCCGCCUGACACCCUUCACAAACUUUGGGGCUGGUGAUAUGGCUGCCCGCAUCAUCCAGUACCUGGAACCGAUUAACUAUCCCAAUCCGGCAGAUAACACCUGCCGCUUCGAGGACGAGAAGAUCUGUGGCUUCAUGCAAGACAAGAUGGAUAACUUCGACUGGACCCGUCAGAAUGCCUUGACCCAGAACCCCAAGCGCACUGUCAACACAGGUCCACCCACAGACAUCAGUGGCACGCAAGAAGGUUAUUACAUGUUCAUAGAGGCCUCCCGGCCCCGGGUGACAGGAGACAAGGCCCGGCUCAUCAGCCCCCUGUACAACAUCACUGCCAAGUACUACUGCGUCUCCUUCUUCUACCACAUGUACGGGAAGCACAUCGUUCCGCCAGAGUGAAGUUUCUAUCCUAUGGCAACUGAAAUGAGACCUUUUCAUCCUGCAAGCAGGUAACAUUUAGCAGCAUCCCCUUGGGUUACUGUAUCUGGCAUCCCAGCUGGUGCUCUUUUGUGUACAUGCCACUCUUCUGAAAUGCCAGCUCCGGGUUUAAAGAUCCAGCAGACGGCAUGGCUUACUCAUGCCGUAAUUGAUUCCUCCUCACUUAUUACUGGCCUUUAUUUUCUUUGAAAAGAUGAAAUGAUACAGGUAAAUAAGAUCACCCCAUUGGAGGGAGUUACCAAUGAGACUGGUGGUGCCCAGGGAUUUCUUCUCUGAUUCUCUGCCACUAUGGACUCUGACCUGCUGCAGCACACUAGCAACAGACACCUGGCCUCCGCUUAUCGGUGCAUCACUAGCAGGUGUUUUGAGGAAAGGCCAAACAGUCAGCAGGGUGAAGGUGGGAGAAUGAAGAGACAACAAAAACUGCCAGGAAGGAUAUGGAUUUCUAAAUGGGAAACUGUAUGUGACUAUAGAGGAAAACUAGGCGGGGGGAUAGACCACAGGUACAGUUGCUUGGGAGUUUUUUGCUGAAAAUUGCUGAUUCAGCGAGACCAGCAAUUUGUGAAUCAGAAUCAGGUUCAGUGAAGCACUCGACUCCACAAAUGUUUGGUAACAAAAUAAUGUUGAGCUUGUUGAACCAGGAGAGGUUUUUUUGAGGGGCAGGGAGCUGAGUAGAAACAACUUUUUGUUUGGAAAUAUUAGUAAAUCUACUCCUUGAAAAUGGAACAUAUCAACAUUGAAACCACCUUUCAAUAUGGUCUAAACAUUUUGAUUGACUCAAACUGAUUUUUUUCCAGUUUUUCUGUUUCUGAAAAUUUUUGAGAUUUCAUCUUUGCCUCCCAAUCUGAGACUGGAAAAUGUUUCAACAUGUCAAAAAUUCUCAUGGGAUGGGGAAAAGCCAUCCUGCACUGGGUCCCAGGGAAGAAAUAGAGCAGGCCUUGCCCCUCUCUGAUGGCUGUGAGCUGAGGACUAGAGCCAUGUCCCAGUUAGAUUCUUCUCCUGCCUGGAGCCAUUGGAAAGUCAGUACGAUGAAUACCCACUUGCUGAAACAAGGAUCAAAAAGCAUAAUCUCCAUUUCACAGAUGGGGAAACAGAGGCACAGAAAGAGAGAGCGCAGAGCUAGUUUGUUGAAGAUCACACAGCAGGUCAGAGAGGGAUAGAGCUGGGAAGGGAACCCAGAGUCCUGAUUCCCUGUCCUGUGCUGGCACCACCACGGUAUCCUUCCUUACCCCAGAGACGUACAGUGCCUGCUGCUGGGGACUGUCCAUCUGGACCUGUGGGGCAGUCUUUAUAAACGACUGGCUGGACAGGCAGUCUCUCUUCUAGGAGAGGAACGUUUGGUCCCCUGACAGGCGUAAGGCAUUUGUCUUGACCUGAGCCCAUCUGAAGUAUUUAUCAGGGGGCUGGAGGGGGAAAGGAGAACUAGUAAAGAUGGGAGAACAGGCCUGUAUGCAAGAAGGGUGUGAACACACCACCCCCACACAGUCCUUCAUGGCCCACCAUGGGGCCGAUUCUGGUCCCUUA